GUCGGAAUGUUGGUGUAUGUGUAAAACUUACAUAUGGAUCUUUAGAUGCUCAACGGCUGAUAGAAUGGUUUGAGAUCCAUAAAUUAUUUGGUGUUGACAAGGUUAUAGCAUAUACCUACCAAUUAAAUUCAAAAGCAGCUAAGGUUUUAAAAUUUUAUGAAAGAAGUGGAAUGGCUCAGGUUUAUGACUUCGACUUUCCCGAGAAAGAUAUCAUUAAACGCAACAUUGGUGAGAACUCUCAAUACUUGAAUGAUGAACAAGUGGUGUUAUUUGACUGCCAGGAACGACUUAAAAAUUAUGAUUAUGUUGCAGUCGUCGAUACAGAUGAGUUCUUACUACCGAGAACGAAACAUUUCAAAAAUGCUUGGAAAAUUUACUUUGAAAAUAAGUUUAGGAAAGAGAAUGUUGGAGCGUUGUUCUUUUGCGUUAGAAUCCGUGCAUAUACGUGGGGACCGUCAAACAAAAGCCAUCCGCUUCAUAUCGGACGAUACAGCAACUGUACAUUUCCAAUGAAUGACAGAAAUAAGGGUGUAUAUAUACGACAAGGAAGUGUGUGGACUCAUGGAGCUUAUCCGUUACAGGGUUUCACAAUUUAUGUGGUGGCGAACGUGAGUGAAGCCGUUAUACAUCAUUAUAGACACUGUAGAGAGGAAUGGUUGAAUACAACUUCCACACAUGUUAGCCGUUCAGAAAUGUAUCUGUUUCAUAUGACAAACACGACUAAAUGCACCGAUUUUCGCCGGUCCCAUUCCGAUGUUAUUGGUCAACUGGCUGACAAUAUGAAAGCUGACGUAUUUAAAAGACUAGAGGAAGUAGAACUGUGA